AUGUGGGCGGAUCUGGUGCGGCACGCGGGGGGCCACGUGUGCCGGUCGCUGGAGCACGAUUUGGCGCACGCGGUGCUGCUGGAACCGGGCGUUGAUGCGCCCUCGGAGCUGAAAGGCGCGGCAUGGCGGGCCAAGAUCGCUAUCAAGACCCUGGAUUGGGCCGUCGACGCUCUCCUCGUCAAAGGCAAAGACCCGGAAAAGGCCGGCGAGCCAGAUCGCGUGCCCCGGGAGGAAACUUUGCUGGAAGGGGGACCUGCCCGGGAGGGUCUGGGCCUGCGGGAGCCCCCCCCUCUGCCACCGCACGCUCUCGUGGCGCCCGGGGUUACGGACGCUCCUCCGGCGAAGCGGACGUACUUUUCGGCAGUGACGAGCGCCGGCGAGGGUCACCAGAUUGGGGACGCGGCAGAUAUUCAAGCUGACGGAAGCGCGAGCGCGCGCGUCGUCCAGCUGAUGUCACUCUGGGAGGCGUCCGGGAUUGGCGGGGAGGGGUGUAUGCGGGCCACGUGUCGGCUGCUCAUGCGCCCCCGAGAGACUGACUUUCCGUUUUUUGGGGGGCGUGGUUUGGGGGCUAACCAAGGGUCAGCGGAAAGUGGUUUGCAGGAGGUGUAUCUGUCCAGCGUGGUGCAAGAAAUGGAUGUGUCGGAGUUGAGGAAAAAGGUGCACGUGGCGAGGAGCACGGGAGGUGCUGGUCCGAGUGCUGGUUUCCUAUGUAGAUUCUUCUACGAUGCGGAGCGGGAGAUCUUGCAGAAACUCGAAGUUUAACGGAGAGAUCGGCCACGAGAGACCGUUGUCGCCUCUGCGGGGGCAGCAAAAGAAUCAAGCGC